AUGUCGAUUGCCUUUAUUCACGCCGGCAGAUGGACUGACAAACUCUACCACGCAUUCAAGGCUGAGGCGGAGCAGAAUAACUUUGAGCGGUUAGAAGAGCUACACUUAGUUACGAGUUGUUUAAAGGCUUAUAUGACUCUUGCUGCAGCAGAAGGCAUGGAGAGAUGCAGAAGAGCUUGUGGAGGUCAUGGUUAUUUACAGGCGUCGGGUGUCUCCUUACACCUCGUUAGCUUCCUGCCUCAAGUCACCUAUGAGGGAGACUUUAUUAUUUUAUCUCUUCAAGCGGGGAGGCUGCUGCUGAAAGUCGUUGGACAGCGAAUGGCUGGGGAGACACCCCGUGGGGCCUUAACUUCUUCUGUGCGUCAUCUGUACACCUGCGACUUGGAGACUGUCUCUAAACCGCAGCAGCCCUCGACAGAAGAGCUUUUGUCUCCUCAGUGGAUUGUUCAGGCCUUCGAAAGGAGGUCCUCUGUGAUGGUAUACCGUGCGGCAGAGCGUUUUGCUGCGCUUGGGGGCCCCUCGUCUCCAGAGGCCUUUGAAGAGAUAAAAGUGAAUUUAACUCAGGUUGCUGUCUCUCAUGCUCAAUUGUUAGUGCUCCGUGCUGCUGCAGCACGUCUAGAGGAGCUGCAGCAGCAGGGCCAGGUGUCUGUACACCGCAUUCUCGGGUGUCUCUUCAGUUGCCUCGCCCUCUCCUGGCUAGAUGAACACUUAGCAGACUUCCUUACCACACAAACUAUUCAUCUAGAUGCGCAUAAUAAUAUCAAGGAGACACUUGCUGCUGCAUGCAAACAAGCAAGAACAACUGCAGUCCCCGUUGCAGAUGCAUUCGGCCAUUCCGACAACUUCCUCAACUCCGCCCUCGGAAGGUACGACGGGGACGUCUAUCGCGCAUUAUUUGACUCAACAAAGAUAGAAGAGCUCAACGAGCAGGACGUCUCUGAUUCAUACAAACUUUAUCUGCA